GUCUCUUGCUCUGUCGCCCAGGCUGGAGUGCAGUGGCACAGUACCAGCUCACUGCAACCUCUGUCUCCUGGGUUCAUGCGAUUCUCAUGCCUCAGCCUCCCAAGCAGCUGGGAUUACAGGCAUGUGCUGCCAUGCCCGGCUAAUAUUUUCAUAUUUUUUUUAGUAGAGACGGGGUUUCACCAUGUUGGCCAGGCUGGUCUCGAACUCCUGGCCUCAAGUGAUCAUCCCGCCUCGGCCUCCCAAAAUGCUGGGAUUAGAGGCAUGAGCCACUUUGCCCGGCCUAUGUUAACUCCUCUGACCCAACCCAUAAACUAGGCUCUGGGCCACUAUUUUUGGAGAUAUAUAUACUUGAAUGAGGAGUUAAAAGCUACAGAGCUCUUCUGAUCUUUCCUGCCAGGUCUUCCCCUUCUGAAGGAGAAAGUAUGAAUCCUUAGGUAAGCCUGAUCUUUGGGUUGGGCCUCUCAAUUUUCCCACCCUACCCAGGUGAAAAGCACAUUCCAUCUGAAAAAUCUAGAAUUAAAAAAAAAAUUCUUUGUAAGGCUUUGGAGAGACUCCCUACACAAGGCUAUCAUUUCUGCUUUUAAAUAGGCUAGUUAAAAAAACUUAUGGUUGCAACUUGUUAAAUCAUAUACAAAAAUCUCAACCAGUUUUAAAAAUAUGAAGAGCAAGCCACAGGAUUUUCUACAUUGGUAUACAUCUUUGCCAGACAAUCAGAGUCUCCUGUCUAUACAUACUCUUCAUAUAUUUUUGUGUCCUAAGUCUGAGCAUAAACCAAAGCUCCCAGGAAGUUAUUGUACUCGAAGUUAUUCUUAAUAUCUGGAGCCUGCAUUAGGAACAAUGUAUAAUUGUUCCAUGGGCUAAGGAGACAGUAUGCUAGGCUCUUGGCCUCACAGAGUGUUCCUACUGGAAAGGUCCCUGAAGAUUACCUAGUCAAAUCACCCUGGUGUUACACAAGGAAACCGAGACCUAGAAAGGAGAGUCGUUUCCUCAGUAGCAUAAAGUCACCAGGUGUUCAGAUUCUGCAUAGGGCUCAUUCUACGCCCUAGUUCCUUUUCCCCGGGAAUGCUUUUUCUGUGACGCUUCUUGAUGCUAUAUUUUCCUAUUUAUUGAAGGUGAAAAUAGUCAUAUUGCUGAAAAUCCUUAUAAUAUAUACUUGAGUGCCUUAAAUAAAAGGCUCUGUGUUAAUAAGAUUCUAGAAUUCAAGAAAAACUGUUGCUAGAACGAGGACCAGAUGGCCAACUUCUAGAGAAAGUGCUUCCAGACACCUCUGAAUGACUCUUCAGAUUUGAGAACAAGGGCCUUUCUAGAGAAGGAAAACCAUUAGGCUCCUUCUUAGUCCGAGGCUGGUCAGGCCCCUUGUCUAAAAUUCCCCCUAAAUGUGUGGGGUACUUUGUUUUUUAUUAAGCAGGAUUAAGUUACACUAAGGUGCUUUGGAUUAAGGCCUUGACAUCAACCCAAACACAUCUAGGUGCACAGAACAAUCAAAAAGUGACUUUCACGCAGAAUUUAAGGUAAACGUUUAGGCAGAAGUGACUGAGAAAAAUAAAAGCCUAGAUAACCCCCAGGAGAAGAGUGAAGCCCAGGCAUACCCCAGAAUCGUGACACUUAGUGCCACCGUACAUCUGGAUGUACUGGAUGACUAACAGUACAGUCUAUUUUUUCAAGAAGGUUAUAAAAAUCUAUGGGCUUUACACUGCGUGUAAUGUGGGUGAGGUAACAAGCUGGCGAGAAUUUUUGCUUCUGCAUUUCCUGAUUUAGGAAAGAGGAGUGGUAGGGGUGUAAAAGGUGUAUUAUGCCUAUUACUGAAUCUGUAUGUAUUUGGUCUAAUAGUGGUUGCUUGGGCAAAAUUUACUCUCCUACACUGAAUAUGGAACCCCUUCCAAAUCUUGUUCAGGUUCUCAGAGAAUCAAUGAAACCAUUUUCCCUUUCUGAUAAAUCCGCUUGUCUUGUAUCUAGUUGUGUGGAUCCAUAAAUUAAAAUACAGAGGAUCAUUUUCUCUGAUCCAAAAAUUCUUGGUUUGGGGGCAGUUAAAAUGAAACUUCUGAAAUUCUAUCCUUAGUACGGACAUUUAGGACCCAGGGGCUACAUCCUAGAAUGGAAUUGUGCCCUGCUUCCAUAAAACAGUUGAUAAACCAACAGACAGGACUGGAUUGUCUUAAACCAAGUUCAACUGUCAUUCCAUUUUAAUCAAAAAGUAAAUUGGAUUCAGCAUAUACGAAUAUAUUCACUGUCAGUACAACUGAGCCAUACAACUGAUAGUCUAAGGCUGAUGACAAAGAGAAAGCUCCUAAAACAAGGCUUAGGGGAAGGCUGUUCCCCUGUAAGCAAAGCGGGCUGAGGGCACUGGUGGCGCAGCAGCGUUCAGAAGUAGAGGGAAGUUUUGAUGUAUCAAGUACCGAGGGAAACACACACAGCGUGUCUGGAAACCAUCAGAAGAUGCUAGAAGGAAGUAGUCAUGGAUAAUUCUAGAAAUUUCUAGAACACCGACUGGAGGGGGUCAUGGUUUCAGAUGAGUACAGCCGAGUUUCUCUCCAAUUUAAGACACAAGACCGGAGAAAAAGGAGUCGUAGUAAACAGCCCCAACCGGGGGAACAGGGGGUGUGAUAAUGAGGCGUUAAGGGGCAUUAGGGACAGUAAGAAAAGGAGAGUUGGGGUGACGAUUAUUGAGCACUGCUAUAGGAGGAGGCUCUCGCAGGGAUAAUCAAGGGAGAGGGGUGUGAAAUAAGGGUAACGAAUUGUAGGGGUAAACUGUGUGAAGGGGCUGCGCAGACUUCAGCAGCAAAGAAAAAGAAGGAACGGGGCUGGGGCGUGGCCCAGAGAGGGAACGGCUCAAUAACGGGCUACCGGGUGAAAAGAAGCCGGGUGGGGAGGCGCUCUGCUGACAGCUGCCGCUCCCCCAUGGCGCCCACAGGGUUAAAAAUCAGGGGCCACGGGACCAGGCCGAACUCGGUUUCCAGGGCAACGGCUCCACAGUUCCGGCAGCGCAGGCCCGUACCAUUGCGCGGGCGCGGGGGAGCGGGAGCGGCGGAGGGGACGCGCUGCAGGGCGGCGGAGCCGGGGCCGGCCCGGGCGCUACCAAACGCACGGCCCGCCUGCUCGCCCGGGGUCUGCGCCGAGCCGCGCUCCGGCCGGACGGCCGCGGCGUCCUUGGUGCGGGGGCCGGCAGCUCCCAAGUGGCCGCGGACGGCGGGGGAGAAGGAACGCACGCCGCCGGCCGGGAUUGGCCUCCUGGUCCCCCCGCCUGGGCGGCGGAGUGCGGGCGGCCCGGGGCUGGGAGGUUUGAAAAGCGGGCGAGAGACAAAGGCAGCAGGAAGCCUCCUCCGCGCCCGGAGCCCGUGCGCCCGGCCCCCGGGGUCCCCUCGCCGCCCGCCGGCCCGCGGAGCAGCGGCGGCGGCAGGAGGCGGAGGAUGCGGCAGGGGGCGUGGGCGCGGCGGCGCGGGCGGAGCGGCGCGGCCCGGGCGCGGCGUGGGUAGAGCCGAGGCGGCGGCGGCGGCGGCCGGCCUCCGGGAGCGAGAGCGAGGCGCCUUCCCCGCCCGGGAUGUGAGCGCCGUGCGGAGCCCGGGGCGGGGGAGGGCCGGGCCGGCGGCGCAGCCGGCAGGAAGGAAGGACGGACGGACCAGGAGGAGGAGCGGCGGCGGCGGCCGGAGCCGGAAGGCGGGGAGGGGCCGGCCGUUGGGCCCGAGGCGGCGGCGGCGGCGGCGGCUGGGGAGAAGCGCUCUCGUCGCCUGCCCGAGGCCGGAGCGGCGGGGCCCGCGCCUCCUCCCCCCAGCGCCGCGGAGGGGGGAGGAGGAAGAUGGAGACCCACAUCUCAUGCCUGUUCCCGGAGCUGCUGGCCAUGAUCUUCGGCUACCUGGACGUCCGGGACAAGGGGCGCGCGGCGCAGGUGUGCACCGCCUGGCGGGACGCCGCCUACCACAAGUCGGUGUGGCGGGGGGUGGAGGCCAAGCUGCACCUGCGCCGGGCCAACCCGUCGCUGUUCCCCAGCCUGCAGGCCCGGGGCAUCCGCCGGGUGCAGAUCCUGAGCCUCCGCCGCAGCCUCAGCUACGUGAUCCAGGGCAUGGCCAACAUCGAGAGCCUCAACCUCAGCGGCUGCUACAACCUCACCGACAACGGGCUGGGCCACGCGUUUGUGCAGGAGAUCGGCUCCCUGCGCGCUCUCAACCUGAGCCUCUGCAAGCAGAUCACUGACAGCAGCCUGGGCCGCAUAGCCCAGUACCUCAAGGGCCUGGAGGUGCUGGAGCUGGGAGGUUGCAGCAACAUCACCAACACCGGCCUUCUGCUCAUCGCCUGGGGUCUGCAGCGCCUCAAGAGCCUUAACCUCCGCAGCUGCCGCCACCUUUCGGAUGUGGGCAUCGGGCACCUGGCCGGCAUGACGCGCAGCGCGGCGGAGGGCUGCCUGGGCCUGGAGCAGCUCACGCUACAGGACUGCCAGAAGCUCACAGAUCUUUCUCUAAAGCACAUCUCUCGAGGGCUGACGGGCCUGAGGCUCCUCAACCUCAGCUUCUGUGGGGGCAUCUCGGACGCUGGCCUCCUGCACCUGUCGCACAUGGGCAGCCUGCGCAGCCUCAACCUGCGCUCCUGUGACAACAUCAGUGACACCGGCAUCAUGCAUCUGGCCAUGGGCAGCCUGCGCCUUUCGGGGCUGGAUGUUUCGUUCUGUGACAAGGUGGGAGACCAGAGUCUGGCUUACAUAGCCCAGGGGCUGGAUGGCCUCAAGUCUCUCUCCCUCUGCUCCUGCCACAUCAGUGAUGAUGGCAUCAACCGCAUGGUGCGGCAGAUGCACGGGCUGCGCACGCUCAACAUUGGACAGUGUGUGCGCAUUACGGACAAGGGCCUGGAGCUGAUCGCUGAGCACCUGAGCCAACUCACCGGCAUAGACCUGUACGGCUGCACCCGAAUCACCAAGCGCGGCCUGGAGCGCAUCACGCAGCUGCCCUGCCUCAAGGUACUCAACCUGGGACUCUGGCAGAUGACGGACAGUGAGAAGGAGGCACGAGGGGAUUUUUCUCCAUUAUUCACUGUGAGAACUCGGGGAAGCUCCAGAAGGUGAGGGAGAGGGGACAACGACAUGGUUCCCGUGGAUCUUUAACUUCCAGACUUGCCCGCUCUGCGCCUCCGGCACUCUGGUGAUGACAGCUCAGGUUUCCCUGCCUGUCACUGCUCGGGCAGAGGCUGCUGCCCAGGGCUUCUGCUCCGGUACCUUGUGAAGCUGCAUUCUCCUGCCGGUUUCUCCAGUUCUGGGGACAGUGGUUUGCUCUGAGACCUCGCUUCCUUUAUGGAUCCAAGGAGACUUGCUUUUUCAGUCUGUUCAGCUUUUUACUUGCUAGGAUGGAAUUGCAAUUUGCAAGCUUCUUCGACAGGAAACUAGAAGAUCCACACUUUAAUUUUAUACAUAUAAAUAUAUACGUGUGUACAUAUAUCUAUGUACAGGGGUAUUAUAUAUAUACAUAUAAAAUGAUGAUAUAUAUAAUGAUGAUACGUAUUACUGAGAACGUAAAAUAUCAUUACAUAGUGAUAGCUGGACACACAAGGAAUUCACAACUCCCCAAAGAAAAUACAUCUGGAUGACCUGCCUAGCAGUUUCCCCAUGAGAUAGAGGAAUGUCUCCGUAUUUCAUUCCCUGUUCCUGCCCUGAAACAAUUUCAAUCACUGACAAAUCAUUAUCAUUCAUUAAUAAUGUUUACUGAGUGCCCAUAUGUGAAAGAAAAUCCACUCUACAUUCCACAGAUGCAUUUCCUCUCCCCACGGGGUUUCCAUUUUAAUGGGAACAAUGUAGAAUAUACCUGUCUUCCCUUUAUAGAUUCCAUUUGGGUUUUUUGUUGUUGUUUCUUGUUCUCUCUCUCUCUCUCUCUCUCUCUCUCUGGUCCAGAGGAAUAAUUUCCUGGUUUUGUAAACUAAACCGGAUCAUGUCACUUCCAUGAAUCAGGGAAUACUUUAUGAAGGAGUAAGGAUUUACAGAGGACUGGGGAUAAGAGAUGGAGGGAAGCUGAACAGAAGGCAAAUGAAACUGGCUGAGCCUCUUCAGAACACACGACAAUUCCUGGUGGUGAGUCAGUGUGGAUGGGGGAAUGGGACACCUUACAUGGGGAUCAAGGAAGAAUCACUGGGGUCAAAAAGAGCACAUGUCAAGAAGAUGUCAAACUGAUGACAAGCAAAUAUUGCCCCAGUAUUACAAUUCCUGUUGCCCCAUCUCAAAAUUACCCUGUCAGUUUGAUGGGAUAAAAUUCUCAGACCCCAUUUCAUACCACAGACACUGAAUCCCUAUUCCACAGCUUAGGAAGUCCGAAGAAGUAGACGGUAUGUGUGUCUUCCAAAGCUGUCUACCAGAGAUGAUCAAGGUGUUGGAGAACUUUUGUCUCUCUUAAUUGUUCUGGUAACUGCUGUGUACAACGAGGCUAAACACUCACUGAUAAGAAUUCUCUCCCUGCUGCCCCAAUGCAACUUCUAGAUUGUACACUAGUACAAGAGUCCUAACGCAGUAACUUGCCUACACACAGAAACUGGCUGACCUGGGCUUUGGGUGUAGGAACCCUUCCUAAAAACAUGAGUAUCAUCCAAGAGUCUAAACAAUUUGAUGGGUAGACCUUAUAUUGAAUCACAAAGGUUCAGGAGUAGGAAUUAGCUAGUCCAGUGGUUUUUUCAAAAAAAUGUUUUUAAAGAAGGAGAACUCUAUUUUUCCACUAAAAUCAUAUGUUGAAGCAAAACAAAUAACAUUUAUGUAGUUGAAAAUUGGGUAGGAGAAGAGAUCUCCACUGGCCCCUAAGUAAGAACUGUCUCAAAGUUCUGUCUCGAAAACCACUUAUCUAGCCCAAUUCCUCAAUUUUUAUUGUUUUUUGUUUGUUUGUAUUAUUUAUUUAUUUAUUUUUGAGACGGAAUUUGACUCUUGUCACCCAGGCUGGAGUGCAGUGGCACGAUCCCCGCUCACUGCAACCUCCACCUUCUGGGUUCAAGUGAUUCUCGUGCCUCAGCAUCCUGAGUAGCUGGGAUUAUAGGCACACGCCACCCCAUCCGGCUAAUUUUUGUAUUUUUAGUAGAGACAGGGUUUCGCCCUGUUGGCCAAGCUGGUCUCCAACUCCUGACCUCAGGUGAUCCACCCACCUUGGCCUCCCAAAGUGCUGGGAUUACAGGCAUGAGCCACCGUGCCUGGCCUAUUUUUAUGUUUUUAAACAAGGUGUUGCCCUGUCACCCAUGCUGGAGUGCAGGGGCACUAUCAUAACUCACUGCAGCCUUGAACUUCUGGCCUCAAGCAAUCUUCCCACCUUGGUCCCCCAGCAGUGCUGGGGUUACAGGCACGAGCCACUGCACCCUGCGCAAUCCCUCCAUUCCUAAAGGUGAGGAAAUGGGAACACAAAGAAGGCAGGUAAAUUACCCAGGGUUACGGGACUAGGGGUAAAUCUGGUUCCUGAUGCUUAAUCCUUUGCUCUUUCUACUAUAACCCCCGUCUCUGAGAAUCUAUUCUGAACCCAUGGAACUACACGUGGCGAUCUUAAGCCACAAAAAUUACUGACACAGUGUUUUCAUUAAGGACUCCCCCUGCCCUGUCCAUUUCCUGAGAAUGAGAGGUUUCUAGUUCUUUGUACCACAUUAACUCCAAUUGGUAAUUUUGAAUUCCUUCUUGGCAGAAGUAAUAUAGAUCAGAUUCCAUUAAACGUAUUGCUACAGUGAAAAUUUAUUUUUUAAAAAAGUUCAAACCCAGCUUAUGGUCUACAGACUUCAGUAAGAUUUAAUCAGCAACCGUUUAGUAUUAUACUGCAAAAGAAUUUGGAUGGUGUUUGGGACUUUACUAUAAAUAGGUUUUGCCUAUAUUGCCUAUAUUGGCCUCAUGUUGGCACCUCCAAUAAUUCCAACAGCAGUUGGCUUCCAAAUCCCUCACCAUAAAAGUGGUUGCAUAUUAUGAAAUCCAACACUGAUAUCCCAGCAUCCCAAGGAGUUCAUCCCUAUAUCUCAUUUAGUUAUCUUCCAAGUAAUCUGCUGUGAUAUGCAGUUUGCUACCCUGGCACAGACAGGAGGAAAAGAACCAUCAGCCGCCCUAAGCCUGCAGUUCUGAGGCUCCCCCAAGGCUUCGAUGGGCCUUUCUAGGAGGUGGCUCUGUGAUUCCAGCCUCAACACCAAGGAAUCUUGGGUUAUUUAUGAGAUCAGAGCCCUUAUUAAUGUAAUUCUGUUCAAGGCAAUUUAAACGAAUGAAAUAGGCAUGAUGGUGCACGCCUGUGGUCCCAGCUACUUGUGAUGCUGAGGAGGGGGAUCGCUUGAGCCCCGGAGUUUAAGGCUGCAGUGAGCCACGAUGGUCCCACUGCACUCCAGCCUGGCAACACAGCAAGACCCUGCCUCUGAAACAUUUUUUUUUUAAUUUAAAAAAAGAAGGGAAGAUAAGUGAGAAUUUGAAAGAAAUGACAGACAUAUUUGAAAGCUGCAGGGGCAGGUGGAGGCAGCCACGGAGGACACGGCGGGGCGUCAGCUUGUGGGGCUGGAAGUUCCGUGCAAGCACCUAGAGCGAGGUCUCUCAUACUCGUUCCCACACCACUGAGAUUGGUGUUUCACUAAGGACCGAUUGAGGAAGCAACAGCAAUGAAAAGGAGGCCACGAGGAACGAGGAAACUGUCUACAUGGAGUAUAAACUCAAGGCCAGCAUCCAAGGAAAACAUCAAAUUGGAAAGAAAAAAACAGAAACAUUUCAGAUGGCGAAGCUGAAACUCAGUCUCUGGGAUGUGGCGACUUCGGUCUCCCUCUCAUGCCUGACAGUGGAGUCAGAACCCUGUCAUUUUUAGAGGCUGGGUCCCUGGCACGCGAUGCCUCUGGUACAAAAGAACCCACUCACUGCGCAAGUGGUCUGGGCAGGGGACUAGGUGUGUGGGGCCAACUCACAUCCCUGACUCCUGUUUCUCAGCCAUUAGCUCAUAUCUGAAACCUGGUAUUAGAAUAGUUCAUGCCGGGACACUCUUUGAACUCUGUUUGCCCUAGUCCUGGCACUGCUGCCUUACAAAGGGAGAAGAAUUUUAAUAGCAUUACACACACACACACACACACACACAAGGGAAAGAGGAUGAAAUACUUGUAAAGCUUUUGAUAGUAUCGAGUCAUACACAUAUAAGCAUGCAAGUGGUAGGAGUACUGAAUGUUCUAGAACAUACACAAUACAAGUUGCAGUAGAACUACCUUUUAUAUUACCUCAUGGAGCAGCAAGGCUACGUUAGAGCUGAGAACAAAACUGAGGCUUCUAAACAUUUGGGGCUUUUGAAUACCUCUCCCCAUAUAUUGUUUUGGAGUGACCCCCAGCUUUCUGAAGAGCACGGAGGGUGGAGCAUGGCCAUCCUGCAGCACUGUAGAAAGAGCAAUGGGCUUUAGAGCUCAGUUAUGCUGAUUGUUUCCUGCGUGACAUAGAGCAGACGACCUAGCCUCUGGUCCUGUUUCCUCAUCUUUAUUUAUUUAUUUAUUUAUUUAUUUAUAUUUUUUUGAGACAGAGUCUCACUCUGUCGCCUAGGCUGGAGUGCAGUGGCGUAAUCUCGGCUCACUGCAACCUGCACCUACCAGGUUCAAGCAAUUCUCCUGCCUCAGCCUCCUGACUAGCUGGAAUUACAGGUGCAUGCUACCGCGCCUGGCUAAUUUUUCUAUUUUUAGGAGAGAUGGGGUUUCACCAUGUUGGCCAGGCUGGUCUCGAACUCCUGACCUCAGGUGAUCCACCCGCCUUGGCCUGCCAAAGUGCUGGGAUUACAGGUGUGACCGUGCCCGGCCCUGUUUCGUCGUCUUUAAAAUGAGAAUAUGAAAGCCUUCUUCACAGGGUUGUAGUUGGAAUACACGAAAUGAGAUGAUGUAUGUAAAGCUUCUACUAUAGUGCCUGGCGUAUAGCAGAUGCUUUGUUCAUUUGAUCAAUAUUAAUUAAGCACCUUACUACAUGUCAGGCACUGUGUGAGGUGCUAGAAAUAAACGUUAGUGGGAACAGACCUGGCAUCUGUCUCCUUGGAGCGUGCAGUGUAGCCACCUAUUGUGUCACUAAUAGUGGCACUUACUGUGAAUGGCCUGUCCUGACUGAGGUGCACAGGUGGUACUUACACAGGUCACAAAGAUGAGCAAAGUACAGGCACUGCUUCUGAACUGCUUAAAUCUGAUUAAAAAGCUAGGACAACCAUAACCACAUAAUUGGAUGCCUCUGCCACUAAUUAAGUGAUCUUGGGGAAAUAAUUUAACAAUUUUGGACCUCAGUUUCCCCGUAAGUAAAAUGAGGAGGUUGGACUGGAUUAAUGGUUCCCAAAUGUGGCUGAGUAUCACAAUUGCCUGGGGAAGCUUUUAAAAGUACAUACUCCAGGGACCCACCCCAGACUCGCUCAUCGGAAUCUCUAAGUCUGGGGUUCAGGGAUCUGUAGUAAUUUUAAAAAUGUCCCCAAGUGAUCCAACACAGAUAUUUUGGUCUUAGUCCAUAUGUCAGAUCCCUUUUAACGAAAGAGCUCUGGGAUAAAUUACUAUAAUCCAAAGCCGAAGCAAAGAGUGCCACAGAAAAGGCACCAAUACAAUAUUGUGAGAGUUAGGAAAAGGCAAACAUCUCAGGGGAGGCAGCAGCACUGAAGCGGAACUUGAGCUGGGCCUUGGAUGAGGGCUGGAACCUGAACUUGAGGGGAGAGAGAAAGAGAAGAGUAUGGAGAACUGAAGCCAAACAUUUGGUGGAGGACAGACUGCUUGAAUGGGAAUGAUGGGACCUAAGGUUGGCAAGGUAAAUCAAGACAAACUCCCUUAGUUAUUCCAUCCAUCCAUCCGCCCAUCCAUUCAUUCAUUUAAAUGUCUGUCCAUCCAGGCAUUCAGGAAUGCCUGGCAGUGUGAAAUAUGUACUAUUCUAGGCCCUGAGGGUGGAAAGAUAAAGACAUAGUUCUGGCUGACCUAGCAGGGCUACAGACACCCAGACAGUGACAGAAGCUAAUGGUGCUAAAAGAAGUGCAGGGCAGGCUGGGCACGGUGGCUCACGCCUUUAAUCCCAGCACUUUGGGAGGCCGAGGCAGGCAGAUCAUGAGGUCAGGAGUUCAAGCCCAGCCUGGCCAACAUGGUGAAACACUGUCUCUACUAAAAAUACAAAAAUCCGCUGUGUGUGGUGGUGCCCGCCUGUAAUCCUAGCUACUCUGGAGGCUGAGGCAGGAGAAUUACUUAAACCCGGGAGGCGGAGGUUGCAGUGAGCCAAGAUCACCCCACUGUACUCCAGCCUGGGUGAUAAGAGCGAAACUCCGUCUUGGGGAAAAAAAAAAAGUGCAGGGCAAAAGCAGCCCAGAGGACUAACUGUGCCCAGAAAAGACAGACAUCUGAAAGUAAAGGAGAGAUAACUGGGUGUUACAGGUUCAACUGUGUCUCCCCAAAAUGAUAUGUUGAUGUCCUAACUUCCAGUUCCUCUGAAAAUGACCUUAGGGGAUACCUGAACACAGAGACAGACAUGCACUGUCUUUCUGAAGACAGUGCGAAGACAGAGAGAGAAGGCCCCAUGAAGGCUGGGGACUGAGUGAUGUUCUGCAGUCUAGGAAUGCCAAAGACGGCCAGCAAAUCACCAGAUGUGGGGAGAGAGGCCUGGAGCAGCUUCUCUUCACAGCCUCAGAAGGAACCAAUCCUGCCAACACCUUGAUCUUGGACUUUGGGCCUCCAGAACUGUGAGAAAGUAAAUUUCUGUUGUUUGAAGCUCCCCAGCUUGGGGGUACUUUGUUCCCGCAGCUCUGGGAAACCAUACAUAAAGUAGACGCAAAAGGAGAGCCAUUAAAGACUGCAUAUUGUAGGCUUGGCAGCUGAUUUUUGAAUUGCUGGGUUAGCCAGCUAAUUAAGCAGCUAGAGUGGUGCCUAGCACACAGCAAGAGCUCAAUAAACACUUGUGAGUAACGAAUGGGAGGCUGGGGAGAAGGAGUAAAAAUGGGUUCCCAGGGAGAAUGCUGAGAUGUGGAGGAAAUGCAGUCCCAGUCUCAGGCACGUUGAACCUCUCCAGAGAGAGAGAUCCAGAGGCAGCUGGAGCACAGCCGUGAAGCUUGGGAGCCAGAGAUUAAGUUUUAGAAAUCAUCCAUAUAGAGACAAUAGAUUAGAUGCAGUUAAACAUUAUAUAGAAAAAAGAAAAGAACACUACAGGCAGACAUACUGUAAUUUAGGGUCUCAGAAAAGGACGGAGAAAAAGUAGAGGAAAGACACAAGUCCGGCAUCAGAGAAGACAGGAGUGGAGGCUUCAGGGAGGAGGACCCGGCUACAAGAAAACAGAAAAGGAAGACCUGUUUCAAGUGAUCAGCUUUCCAUGGCACAACUGCUGUGUUGUUUUGUUUUGUUUUGUUUUGUUUUUAACCUAAACCCAUGACAAUUCCUGAAUGGUUUCCAAUGGAGCAGCUUUUGAAUUUCGUAAAUUCAAGAAAGAUUCUGGAGGAAAAGAUGAAGAUGUUAGUAUUUUAAUCCUGAGUGUUUCAAUAGCAAUCUCAGCCUGAGGAGCUCAAAGACUGUGGGAUCAGGCAAACAAUCUAGGAGUGAAUAUUAUGUCCCUAAUAAAAAGGCUCGGCCGGGCGCGGUGGCUCACGCCUGUAACCCCAGCACUUUGGGAGGCCGAGGCGGGUGGAUCGCAAGGUCAGGAGAUCAAGACCAUCAUGGCUAACACGGUGAAACCCUGUCUCUACUAAAAAUACAAAAAAUUAGCCAGGCGCGGUGGCGGGCGCCUGUAGUCCCAGCUACUCUGGAGGCUGAGGCAGGAGAAUGGCGUGAACCCGGGAGGCAGAGCUUGCAGUGAGCCAAGAACGUGCCACUGCACUCCAGCCUGGGUGACAGAGCAAGACUCCGUCUCAAAAAAAAAAGUCGGGGGGGGGGGGGGCCAGAGAAGUAAAAAUUCGUGACUUGGUUUUAGGUAGAAGAUCAGGUUCCAGUGAAGAGCUGGGUUCUGAUUCUUGGGCAAAUAUUCAAAUCAGAGCACCAGCCAUUUAUUUAUUUAACACACAUUAUUGACCACCUGGCACUGAGCUAGAGGCACAAAGGUGAAUAAACUCAUCAAGGAGCUUACUGUUUAAUAGGGAAGACAGAGACAUUAUCAGGUACUUAAAAAAUAUGCUGAAGACCUUAGCUAAAGAAACUUUAGAAAUCAAUAAUAUGGAGGUUCCCCCAAAACUAAAAAUACUCUGCCCCCACUGUGUUCACAAGAUCAGCAUCAAGCAAAGAUUAAUCUCAAGACUUGUUGUUUUUCUUGUUGGGUUUUGGACUUACUUGCAACCCCUUUCUUCUUAUUUCUCCCUUUUGGAAUGGGAACAUCUAUCCUAUACAUGUCCCACCAUUGUAUUUUGAAAGCACAUUAACUUGUUUGAUUUCAUGGGUUCACAGCUGGAGAGCAGUUUGCCUCAGGAUGAAACAAACCUUUGAGUCUCAUCUGUGUCUGGUUUAGAUGAGAUUCUGGUUUUUGGACUUUUGAGUUGGUGCUGGAAGAAGUUAAGACUCUUGGAGGGGCGUGGUGGCUCAGGCUGGGCGUAGUGGCUCACGCCUGUAAUCCCAGCACUUUGGGAGGCUGAGGCGAGCAGAUCACCUGAGGUCGGGAGUUCGAAACCAGCCUGACCAACCUGGAGAAACCCCAUCUCUACUAAAUAUACAAAAUUAGCCGGGCGUGGUGGCACAUGCAUGUAACCCCCGCUUGGGAGGCUGAGCCAGGAGAAUUGCUUGAACCCAGGAGGCGGAGUUUGCAGUGAGCUGAGAUAACACCACUGCACUCCAGCCUGGGCAACAAGAGCAAAACUCCGUCUCAAAAAAAAAAAAAAAAAAAAAAGGCCAGGCGUGGUGGCUCAUGACUGUAAUCCCAGCACUUUGGGAGGCCGAGGUGACCUGAGGUCGGGAGUUUGAGACCAGUCUGACCAACAUGGAGAAACCCCAUCUCUACUAAAAAUACAAAAUUAGCCAGGCGUGGUGGCGCAUGCCUGUAAUCCCAGCUACUCGGGAGGCUGAGGAGGGAGAAUCGGUUGAACCUGGGAGGUGGAGGUUGAGGUGAGCUGAGAUCACACCAUUGCACUCCAGCCUGCGCAACAAGAGUGAAACUUCGUCAAAAACAAACAAAAAAAAACUCUUAAGGCUACUGAGAUAGAACGAAGAACGAAUGUAUUUUUUGUGUAAGAAGGACAUGAGUUUAAGGGGGCCACGGCUGGAAUGCUAUGGUCUGAAUGUGUGUCUAUACCCCCCAAAUUAAUAUGUUGGAGCUUAACCCCCAAGGUGAUAGUACUAAGAGGUAGGGCCUUUUGGGAAGUGAUUCAGCCCCUUAUAAGAAUGGCUGAGAGGAGUGCUCUUGCUCCUUCCCUCUUCCACCCCUUCUGCCAUGUGAGGACACAGCAAGAAGGCACCAUCUUGGAAGUGGAGAUCAAGCUGUCACCAGAGGCCAAACCUGCUGGUGCCUGUCUUUUGAACUUCCCAGCCUCCAGAACUGAGAAAUGAAUUUCUGUUGUUCAUACAUUUUUUAAAGCCUAAAAAUGGAAUUACCAUAUGAUCUAGCGAUCCCACUUAUGGAUAUAGAUCCAAAAUCAUUGGAAUCAGUAUGUUGACUAGGUAUCUGCACUCCCAUGUUCAUUUCAGCAUUAUUCAUAAUAACCAAGAUAUGGAAUCAACCUAAGUGUCCAUCAACGGAUGAAUGGAUAAAGAAAAUGUGGCAUAUAUACAAUGGAUUACUAACAGCCUUUAAAAAGGAGGAAAUCCUGUCAUUUCUGACAACAUGAAUGAACCUGGAGGAUACUAUGCUGAGUGAAAUAAGCCAGGCAAGAGAGAUAAAUACCAUAUAAUAUCACUUAUGUGUGGUAUCUUAAAAAGUCAAACUGAUAGAAUUACAGUGUAGAAUGGUGGUUACCAGAUACUGGGGGUGAGGGGUGGGGAAUGCAGAGAUGUUGACCAAAGGGUAGAAAGUUCCAGUUAGACAGGAGGAAUAAUUCUUCAAGAUCUAUUACCCAGCAUGGCAACCACAGUUAAUAAUAGUGUAUUAUACAUCUCAAAAUUGCUAAAAGAAUAGAUUUUAAAUGCACUCACUACAAAAAAGGAUAAGUAUGUGAGGUGAUAGAUGUGUCAGCUUGAUAUAAUCAUUCCACAAGGUAUACAUAUAUCGAAACAUCACAUUGUACCCUGUAAAUUUACAAUUGUUAUUUGUCAACUACAAAUAAAAAUUGAAGUUAAAAAAUAAAAAA